AUGAAUGUCUAUGUACCCAUCCUUCAACGAGUGCUAUCAGCAUCAGUGUCCGUUGAUAAACAGCUCGUUUCUUCCAUAGGAAAGGGGAUCUUGGUCUUCGCCGCUGUAGCUCCAGGUGACACGGAGCAGGAUGCCGACGCUCUCGCAGCAAAAGUUCUGAAGAUGCGGCUAUGGGACGAUGACACUGGCGGCAGAUGGAAGCAAAGUGUACAGGAUAUCAAAGGGGAAGUGCUAUGCGUAUCACAGUUCACGUUACUGGCUUCUACGAAGAAAGGGUCAAAACCGGACUUCCAUGGGGCUCUUGGAGGAGACCAGGCAAAGGAGUUGUAUCAGCUCUUCUUCUCGAAGGUACAACAGGGUUAUAGCCCGGAGAGGGUCAAGAAUGGGGUAUUUCAGGCUAUGAUGGAGGUUACCUUGGUAAACGAUGGCCCGGUUACUCUAGAAAUGUCAGUGGGCCCAAGCGGAACCAAGUGA